GAAAAGGCAGCGAUGGGCAUGUCGGGUGGAUCUCCAUCUACUUGGCCGCUGUACCAUAAGGUACAUGCCAUAUUAGGCAGUUUUAAAAUCCACAACGUCGAAACAUUGAUGGAUGAAACUGGACACGAAGAUAACGUUUCAAACAUUACUUCAUUGGCCGAGCCAGCAGUUUUGGAAUCAAAUGAAGACACAAGUUUUUGUCCAUUGUUCGAGUCAGUUGAUUUUCUUUAUGACGCAGACGCAGCUUCUCCACUGCAGCAACUUAACUCUUCAACAGAUACAAAUUCCACUGCUGCGGUUGAAACAACAUCUUUUGGAGCAUCUGCAAAGAGAAGAAAAACAGACAGCAUUUUACAGGAGUUACAAUUAAUGAGGGAGGAAGAUAAGAGAAAUGAGAGUAACUGGCAGCGUAUUGAAGAGCGGCGAAACGAUUUGCUGGAGAGAUUGGUCAAUAACUGUGAAAACUACCAGCAAUCUUUAUUAGAAGUUUUAAAUAAAAAAUAAUAAUAAAUAAUUAUAGUAUAGUAAGCAUAGCACUGCUAGCA